CUGUCGACAUGCUUGUCAGUUGGGCGGCAAGGCGCAAAUAAAAACGUAACGCAUAUGCGCAGCUACUGUCAUUCGACGUCAAAGACUCGCGCGUACAGCAUGGAUAUUCCUUUAAAGCUAUUACUACUUAGCUUAACGCUAACUGCGGCACUUACAAGCACAGUCGCCAAUGAGCAACCGGCACGUAUUGUCUGCUACUUCAGUAACUGGGCCGUAUAUCGCCCCGGUGUGGGACGUUAUGGACUCGAAGAUGUGCCUGCCGAUUUGUGCACACAUCUGGUCUACUCAUUUAUUGGUUUGAACGACAAAAGUUGGGAUAUCUUGGUUAUCGAUCCUGAGUUGGAUGUGGAGCAAGAUGGUUUCCGCAAAUUCACACAACUGCGACAAAAGCAUCCCAACCUAAAGCUACAAGUGGCCGUCGGCGGGUGGGCAGAGGGUGGUUCGAAAUAUUCGCAGAUGGUUGCGGUACGUGAGCGACGACUCAGUUUCAUACGCAGCGUUGUGCAGUUCAUGAAGGAAUAUGACUUCGAUGGCUUCGAUUUGGAUUGGGAGUACCCUGGUGCCACCGAUCGCGGUGGCACUUUUGGCGACAAGGAUAAAUUCUUAUACUUUGUGCAAGAGUUGCGACGUGCCUUCGAUCGUGAAGGACGCGGUUGGGAAAUAACAAUGGCGGUGCCAGUAGCGAAGUUCCGAUUGCAGGAAGGCUAUCAUGUGCCCGAGCUAUGCGAAUUGCUAGAUGCCAUACACGCCAUGACUUACGAUCUACGCGGCAACUGGGCUGGCUUUGCUGAUGUACACAGUCCGCUCUAUAAGCGCAAGCACGAUCAGUGGGCUUAUGAGAAACUAAAUGUGAACGAUGGUCUUGCGCUCUGGGAGGAGAUGGGUUGCCCCGCCAAUAAGCUGGUCGUUGGCGUGCCCUUUUAUGGACGCACCUACACACUAAGCAAUUCCAACAAGAACUACAACAUGGGUACAUACAUCAAUAAGGAGGCUGGCGGUGGUGCACCCGGACCUUACACCAAUGCCAGCGGUUUCCUCGCUUACUAUGAAAUAUGUACCGAGGUACAGGAUGCCACCAAGGGUUGGACUGUGCAAUGGGACGAGCAGGGCAUGGUGCCCUAUACCUACAAAGACACACAAUGGGUGGGCUAUGAGGAUGAAAAGUCGGUACAAAUCAAAAUGGACUAUAUUAAGCAAAAGGGCUAUGCGGGCGCUAUGACCUGGGCCAUUGAUAUGGAUGAUUUCCAUGGUUUGUGUGGGCGCGAGAAUGCGCUAAUGCAAAUUCUCUACGACAAUAUGCACGAUUACACGGUGCCGGAGCCGACGCGCGAAACGACUGAGCGGCCCGAGUGGGCCAAACCACCAGCGACGCCGCCGAAUCCCGACGAGGCCAGUUUCGUGUCACAAGAUGUCACCACGAAGCGACCGAAGCCAAAGCCCACAGCAACGACAAGUAGCACAACAAAACGACCGUUGGCCGAGCAAACAACCACAACAACAACCAAGAAACCAUCCAAAGGUUCCAAAAAACCCAAACCGAGACCCAAGCCAAGACCCACCACAUCCACGGCAACAACCACUACGGAAACACCGACCUCAUCAAGUAGCGAAGAAACUGGUGGAUUGGAAGUUUUAGAACCAAAACCGGAGAUUGUUGAAGCAAGCGGCGGACAUGUGAUGCCCGAUAUUGACUGUACAAAUAAAGACUUUAUACCGCAUGCAGAUUGUCAAAAGUACUAUCGCUGCGUGCACGGCGAACCAGUUGAAUUCGAAUGCAAGGAGGGCACCGCUUUCCAUACAAUUUUGAAUGUUUGCGAUUGGAUCGAGAAUAGCGAUCGCUAUUACUGCACCAAAACAAAGAAAAAGGCGCUGAGCAAUGAGACGAAGUAAUUUUUUUUAUUUAUAAUAAAGAAAUUUUUACUUGAAAUUAAGUGUAAAGCAAGUAUUUGUGUACUAAGUUAAUUAAAUGUAGUAUAUAAGAAUGCGAAAAUUAUAUUUUUUUAUGUCGAA